AUGACUACCCACAAAGUCAUCCUAUUCCUGCUCGCACUGCUUGUGUGGCAGUUCAAAACAGUGACAGCAUAUUCGAGCCACCAUGGAGAGUUUCUUCAUCGGGCCCCUGUUGGUGCCGACGAUGAAUAUAGCUGUUCAAAGACUAAGAGGUGCAAGAUCGGAUGCUGCGGUCCUUUAGACAAAACCACUGGCACUGGCAACUGCGGCUAUGGCUCAGACUUCUGUGGAAAAGCAUGCAGUGCAGACUGUGACCGCAAGAGCGAAUGUGACCCAGGCUGGGGACGCGAAUGGUCGGUUGCCUCACACUGCCCUCUUAAUGUCUGCUGCAGCAAGUUCGGAUUCUGUGGAAGCACAUCCAGUUUCUGUGGGGAUGUCAAGGUGCUCUCGCCUGAGUGCAAUGGCAAGAGUGCCCAUGGACGGACUAUCGGAUACUACGAAGGCUGGAACCUUGAGCAUGCAUGCGGAAAAAUGAUGCCAGAGCAGAUCCCUCUCGGCUACUACACCCAUCUAAAUUUCGCCUUCGCGUACAUUGAUCCCCAGACCUUCCACAUUGCCCCCAUGGACAAUAACACAGCAUCACUGUAUAAGGCAGUGACAGGCCUGAAGCGCAAGCAAUCGAACCUGCAGGUUCCGACACAAUUCACCUUCUCUGACCUGGCGGCCUCACAAACCGCCCAAGACGCAUUCUUCGAGUCGCUCCUCAGCUUCAUGCAGACCAACGAAUUCGAUGGAGUGGACUUGGACUGGGAGUACCCGGUGUCAGAGGACCAUGGUGGUCGACCAGCAGACUUUGUCAACUUCGUGACGCUGCUAAAGCGACUCCGGGAGCGUCUGAACCAGUCGGGGCGAAGAUACGGUAUCUCAAUCACUCUGCCCGCAUCCUACUGGUACCUCCGAGGUUUCGACAUCAUCAAUCUCGAGCCCCACGUCGAUUUCCUCAACAUGAUGACCUAUGACAUUCACGGAACCUGGGACAAAACCAACCACGACGACCCCUACAAGGCCUACGCGCACACCAACCUCACCGAAAUCAACCGCGCCCUUGAGCUCCUCUGGCGCAACAACAUCAACCCCGCCCGGGUGAACCUGGGCCUGGGCUUCUACGGCCGGAGCUUCACGAUGAAAGACCCACAAUGCAUGGCGCCAGGCUGCCAAUUCACGGCCGGCGGCCGCCCCGGCGAGUGCACGACCACCGCCGGCGUGCUGUCCAACACGGAGAUCCAGAAGGUGCUCAACGCCAACGCUACAGGGACUCGUGUUACAUUGUACAAGGAGGAUGCCGUCAAGGUGCUCACGUGGGAUAAAGAUCAGUGGGUGAGUUAUGACGACACGGAGACGCUGAAGCUCAAGCUGGAGCUGGCGAAUCGCCGGUGUCUGGGGGGCACGAUGGUGUGGGCGGUGGAUCUGGAUGCGGAUGGAAUGCUGAUCGAGGCGUUGGGGUCGGCGAUGGGGAAGAAGAAGGCCCAGGUCUGGGAUAUAGGGGAGAUUUAUUCGUUGUUGAUUCCGGAGUGGGGCACUGAGGAUGUGGAUGAUGUGUUGGGGUGGAAGAAGAAGCAUCACGAUCAGCAGCAGGCUCUUAUGGGUUGA